AUGGCAACCGAUGUGUUCUCAAACUUUGGAGCCCUUGACGAACUCAUUCAGGUUAUUUAUCAGGGUAUCUACAGAUUCGUGGCCUUGUCAUCGGUAACCGACGACAAAUGGACGAUGCAUCUGGGACAGGCUGGUUCAGAUGGACGCUGGUGGAGAGGCAAUUGGACAGAAACUGAUGUUCACAAUGUGCUGGGUUCGAAAGCAUCUGAAAGCAUACUUGAACAGUUUUCAGAGAAAGUGGCGGAACUCCUUGUUGGGGGAGAGCUGUUCAUCGGCGGAGUCAACCCUUCUCCUUCGAAGAACCUAACAUUCACAAUCGGCCCAGCAGCGAAGAAACCAGUUCACAUGGAGUUGGUUGAGAUACCACCCAGCGAGGCGGCAGAGUUUGCUACUACGAUAUUCUUGGACAUUGCUCUCCAGGCUCAGUCGCGGAAAGGCCGUUUGCAUGGCAGUUCAAUGCCAGCCCUCCCGUCGUUUGGGUCUUCAAACACCCCUUCAGCAGCACGCUCGAAACUCGCUGACUUGUCACCACCGAGAUCGAAGGCAGAGGAAACGAGCGCUCAAACUAUUCUAGGCAAGACCCCGACGACAACUGCAUCAAGUUCCCGUGCUUCCUCGUCCAAAGCUGUUGAGAAGGAAGAACCCAAGGCCAAAAUUCCUGACCCGAAGAAGCGAGCGGCACCACAAAAAACACCCACUACUAUCCCACAGAAAGGGGUUGCACUCGGGAACCCUACCAAGAAAGCGCGCAGAUAUCAGAAAAUCGAGUUUGAGAGUGACGAUGAUGAUGAUUGA